AUGCACGUAACUGUCGCGACGAGCGAUGACAACGUCUACACGCUCGAGGUGGCGGCGGACACGACCGUGGAGGUGCUGAAGGGCAUGAUCCACGCCGAGUCGGGCGUCCAGCCGGAGCGCCAGGCCCUCGUGUUCAACGGCAACCGCCUCAACAACGACUCCGCAACGCUGUCCUCCGCCGGCGUCGGCGACGGCGACCUCGUCAUGAUGGUCCCCGCCCCGCCACCGCGCGCACAGCAGCAGGGCGCACCGCAAGGGCAGCAGGCGCAGCGGCAACCGCCGAUGGACCCCGUCAUGAUGCAGGCGUUCCUCCGGGAGCUCCAGAACAUCCCGCAGAUCCAGGAACUCCUCCGCGCGAACCCGCGGCUCGCCGAGGCCCUCCAGCGCGGCGACCAGAGCGCCCUCGCGGCCCUCAUGCAGGCCGCGCAGGGCGGGGGUCUCCCCGGCGCCGGCCGCGGGCCGCCCGCCGAGCCCGAUCCGUUCGCGGACCUCACGGACGAGCAGCUCAUGGACCCGGAGAUCCAGGCGCGCAUCGAGCAGCACAUCCGCCGCAAGGCCGUCGACGAGCAGCUCGCGCACUCGCAGGAAUACUACCCGGAGCUGUUCGGGGAGGUGACGAUGCUGUACAUCAACGCGGAGCUCAACGGGACGCCGAUCAAGGCCUUCGUCGACUCGGGGGCGCAGGGCACGAUCAUGUCGGAGCGGUUCGCGGAGAAGUGCAACGUUCUGCGCCUGGUCGACGACCGCUUCCAGGGCACAGCGCUGGGCGUCGGGACGUCGAAGAUCAUCGGGCGCAUCCACCAGCUGCCGAUGAAGGUCGGCAACACCACGAUCGUCAUCGCGUGCUCGGUGCUCGAGGGCGACACGAUGGACUUCCUCCUCGGCCUCGACAACCUCAAGCGGCACCAGUGCUGCAUCGACCUCGCCAAGAACGAGCUGCGUUUCGGCAGCUCCGACGUCGUAGUCCCCUUCCUGCCCGAGCACGAGAUCCCGAAGAAUGACAUCGCGCGCAAGGCGCAGGCCGCGGCUGAGGCGAAGCAGAAGGCCGCGGAGGGCGGCGGCGCGGCGCAGCCCGGCGGGGACCCUGCGGGGCCGUCAGCGGCGGGCGCGGGCGCGGCGCAGGCGGCGCAGCAGGCGCCCGCGGACGGCGCUGGCGCGGCGCCGACUGCGCCUGCGCCGCCGCAGAACGGGGGCGCGGAGGACCCGAAGCUGCGCGGGCUGAUGGACCUCGGGUUUUCGCGGGAGCAGUGCGAGGCUGCGCUGCGGCAGGCAAACGGCGACGCCGACAUGGCCGCCAGCCUGCUCUUCUCCAUGUGA